AUGAGUGACGAAAUCGACGCAGGGCGGUGCAACGAGCUUGCUCAAAUCGACCCGGCGUCUCCUUGCUGCUGGUGCCCGCGAAAGCCGUCGCCAAAUUAUUGUCGGUAUCGCGCUGUUAGCUUGGUCGCAUUCUGCUAUGCCUCCUGGAUGACUCAAGAGCACCGGACUGGUCCCACGGCAGAAGUUGAGAGGAGAGCGAACGGCCGCCACGCAGAAGGCCCAUCGGUGACGGUGCGUGUCUGCGGGCACAUUGGACCAGGACAGUCGGUUGAGGCCGGUGAUGCAACAGGGGCCGCGGUGGCCGCAGUUGCGGCUAGCAUGGACAACAACCCCUCGGCUCUUGAACCUACAGUCGUGCAGAACGGUCGCGUCGGAGGGGUUGUAGACGACAUGCAACCAAGACAGGAAGCAAUCUUCACGCAACCUGAGUUUGCAAUGGGUCAAGACGAUCCUAGGAAGAUUACUCGCACAAAAUCAACUCAGCCUCGAUGUUCAACACAGAAAAGGACUUGGUGGCCAUUCGUGAACGUAGAUUUCGAGGCUGCCGGCUUCAUUCUUGAGUCUGCAUUUUUGGCAAUACCGGCUAUGCUCUUCUGUGUCACCAUACCGUCGACGUACCUCGAUGUAGGAGCACUGAAGCUGAUUCGACUCUCGAAUAAGGGUGUCACGUCGGGAUUUCUUUUGAGCUAA